AUGGUUACCGGAGGAAGAAACAGAGGCCGAGUGGGUGUCAUCAAGAACAGAGAAAUGGCACCAAAAAAGAGGAGAAGAAGUCCAGCAGCAAAGCAGCAAGUGAAUAGUGAUGCUGGAUCUGGAGCAAUUGAUCCAGCUUUUCUAGAUGCUCUUCCUGAGGAACUGCGUGCUGAAGUCCUCUCAGCUCAGCAAGGUCAAGUGGCUCAGCCACCAAAUGUCGAGUCUCAGAAUUCUGGGGAUAUUGAUCCAGAGUUCCUUGCUGCCCUCCCUCCAGAUAUUCGAGCAGAAGUUCUAGCUCAACAGCAAGCUCAGAGGUCAAAUCAGUCUCAGGAGUUGGAAGGUCAACCUGUUGAAAUGGAUACAGUCUCAAUAAUUGCAACAUUUCCUUCAGAUUUACGAGAAGAGGUUCUGUUAACUUCAUCUGAUAAUAUCCUUGCCAAUCUUACACCUGCUCUUGUUGCUGAGGCAAAUAUGUUGCGGGAGAGGUAUGCACACCGUUACAGUCGUACCCUCUUUGGUAUGUAUCCAAGAAGUCGUAGAGGUGAGACUUCAAGACAUGGUGAUGGCACUGGUUCUGGCUUAGGUGCAGUAGGGGAACCAAUUUCUUCACGCCGGUCCAGUGGAGCUAGGGUUGUUGAAGCUGAUGGAGCUCCACUAGUUGACACGGAAGCCUUGCAUGGCAUGGUUUGGUUAUUUCGCAUGGUGCAGCCACUCUAUAAAGGCCAACUGCAGAGGCUUCUUUUAAAUCUUUGUGCUCAUAGUGAAAUAAGAAUAUCUUUGGUGAAAAUUCUGAUGGACUUGCUAAUGCUUGAUGUGAUAAAGCCUGUCAGUUCUUUUGGUGCCGUUGAGCCACUGUAUAGAUUAUAUGGCUGUCAGAGAAAUUCUAGGCUUCCUUAUCCUGAGAUUAAAGAACAAAGUAAUGCUAGUGAUGCAUGUGGAAAAGCUGUGAUGGUUGUUGAAGAUGAAGUCAAUAUAGGUGAAAGUAAUGAAGGUUACAUCUCUACUGCAGUGCUUUUGGGUCUUUUGAACCAACCACUUUAUUUGAGGAGCAUAGCCCAUCUUGAGCAGCUGCUAAAUUUACUGGAUGUAAUAAUUAAUAGUGCUGGAAGCAAGUUCACUCCAUCUGAUAAACCAUCGAUUUCGACUUCACAGUCACCGCCGGGUCCUCAAAUUUCUGCUGUCGAUGCCGAAACAAAUACAGAUCUAUUGUGA